AUGAGUUUGUCCACUAUUCAGACAAAAACAGUUGGUGUAAAGAAACAGGUUACCAGCUGCAUGGGGACAGUUGAUAACAUCAGAGAUUUGGAUCUGUCUAAAUCUUUCAUUACUGGUCAAGUGUGCCAUUCCUGUGAUGUCCUAUGUAACUAUUAUUUGGGAGGAGGAAGCAUGUCCUGCCGUGACAGCCGGACUGGAGAAACAUUCCUUCAUGUGCUCACUGACUAUGUCCAUUUGUACCUGUCCGCAAAUUGCACACGAAUAGUGUACAUGUUGUCCACAAAGAUAGACCUGGAUGUACCAGAUCACAAUGGUGAUACAGUUCUUCACAAAACAGUUCGUGUCACUGGUGCCUGGCGGUUUAUUGUUGCCUUAAUGAGGUGCGGUGCUAACCCACUGAUAAAAAAUAAAGCAGGCCGAACUCCUGAAGAAGAGAUUCUACAUCUUAAAAACCCUGGCUGGGAAGAGAACCUUCAUUGGCUAAGGAAGUAUCAUCCUGGUUUGUGGGCAGCAGUGAAGGCCAAGAAUCCAGACCCAGUUCUCAUAGAAAGGUUACUACGAUAUUGGUGCCGAACAGUCAAGAUUGUGGGGAAUCAAACAGAGAAUCUAAAACUAGAUUUGGUGUGUAUUUUAGAAAAAUAUGAAAAUACAAAUGAAAUGGCCCUGGCAAUGCUCAGUGGCAAGUCAAAGUUCAUCAACAUGUGGAAAAAUGCAGAAAAUCUCCAGAAAAUUGAUGUCAACACAAAAGACCACUCAUAUCAGUUCUACUAUAGAGACCCAGGUGUAAGCUGCAGGCCUGUAGGAGUAAGGAUGAAAAACCUGAAGCUGACCAAAUCAUCAUGCUUUUUUUCCCCACAGUUAGUCAAUCCAAAGUCAAGACCUCACAAUGAAGCUAUAACAAAACACAUACUGCGGUACUGUGACUUAAACAUUCGCAAUGUACAAGGGCAGACGUUGCUUGUGGAAGCUAUGUAUAAUGGAGAAACAGAAGGGGUCAUUAGAGUCAUCCUCAACGCGGGAAUUAAUAUAGGUGCUAGAGAUGCUAUGGGACGGACAGCCAGAGACCACUGUGAUAUUCUGAAACGGGAAGACUACAAACAGCUGAUUGACAGCCAUGUGAUUGAGUUGAUCCAAGAGUGUGACCUAGAGCGCUUGGAGGCCUUGGUUCUCCAGAUGUAUGACCAUGUUAUUCCUCCUUCCAACAAACUUCGCAUCAUGAGUUUGGUCCGACAGAAAUCUUCCAAGCAGUUGACUGAGCUUCUCAAGUACAUAGACUGCAAACAGGCUUUUAUCAGAAAGCUGUUCUUACUUGUGAAAAAUGGAGAUAAGGCAGAGCUGGUGAAGCAGAUGAGCAGGAAGUAUGUCAAUGCCAGAGACAAGGCUGGGCGGACUUUACUUCACUACGCCAUUCAGUACAGCUACGACCACAUUUGUGAAAGCCUCCAUAGCAGUGCUGGCCCUACACUUUACACUUCAGAUCGAAACAGCAUAAACAGUAAUGGGCAGAUCAUCCUCCAGGACAUCAGCCUGACCCCCGAAGAUGACAGAGACAUGACACGACUAGUCAGUGGCAACCGCAGAAUGAGGUGCAUCAUCACUGAUUUGAAAAAAGACUGUAAAAAAAGACACUGCUUCAGGAGGUUUUUCACAGAUAGUAAUUGUACACCUGAUUAUUUCGGGAUCAUCAGGUAUCUUGUGCAGGAGUAUCCGUCAAUGCUGGGAGUCACUAAUAAUAUUGGUCAGACUCCUCUUCACUAUGCACACAUAUUUUCUGCUAGUAAAGCAGUUAUAGACCUAUUGGAGAGAAAUGGAGCCUGUGCUAAUGUUAAGGAUGUGGGCUGCAUCACUAGUAAUAGCUACACCACCCUAACAUGUAGUCAGUAA